CUUCUCGGUGGAAUACCGCUCCAGCGCCAAAGCCCUCUCCUCCUCCCUCGCCCUUUCCUAAUCGCUUGCCCGCCUUGUUCACCAGCUGAGCUCCUGAAACACUUCGCAUCUCUCACCGUUAUUCCAGUCUAUCUGCUGAAACGGUUAUUUGAGUAUCUUGUCAACGCUGUCCCCACCGGAUGCCGCUCCCGGCGCCCCAGGCUAGGCUCCAAUAGGACGUCCUCAAUCUAAGUGUCUUGGAGAAACAUAGGGAGUCUCUAUGAAGAACGACGAAAAGGGACCGUGCCCACUACAGACUAAAACUAGCCUCUGAAUUGCCAUCCUGCAGAUUCGGCCCAGUGGCUUUCAGGAAUCGAACGUUUCCCCAGUGCAGUGGAAGAAGUCUGCGGGCCAGGCAGGGUCUCCAGAUCCGGUGACAGGGCCUCGGCAGGGGCCCGCCGGAAGCCCACAGCCCGGACGCGGCCGACCUACUGCUCAGCCGGACACACCUCGGGCCUUGCCCCAGAAGGCCGCUUCGACACGAACUUUUCCGCCGAGUGCAGGCCGGGCGCUUUUGGGCGCAGCACGCAGGAACCGGAAGUCAAUGGAGGAAGACCGGCGCUACCGAUUCCUUUUGGAGAUGGGAGUCCCUAGCCUCUUCUUGGAGGGAGGGAGGUGGAGAUGCUUUCUGGCCCCAUCGAGGUCAUCCCUGUCCCAGGCCUUACAUAAUUCCUGCUGUCGGAAAAAAUCCACUGCACCUAAGAAAAUGAUUUCUGAUGUUACUUUUUGUGAUGAAAAUGCAGAAGAGCCUGAAAAUGCAGUUGACAAGCACUUCUCUUCAGAACAGCAGGCUUCCAUCUUGCAUGUGUUGAAUACAGCAUCUACUGAAGAACUUGAAGCUUUCAGAUUGCUUCGUGGAAGAAGGUCCAUCAAUAUCAUAAAGCACAGACAAAACUUUGGGCCAUUUCAGAAUUUGGAGAGUUUAAUGAAUGUGCCCUUGUUUCAGUAUAAAAAUAUAGUUCAAGUAUGUAACUCCAUACUUUGUUCAAAGACUGGAGGGGAUAAAAGAAAGUUACCAGAAAAUCGGUUCUUGAGAAAACUCCUCAAACCAGACAUAGAAAGAGAAAGACUUAAGGCAGCUAAUAGCAUCGUAUCUAUUGUUUCUGGUACUCGAAGAAUUGCCUGGGCUCACCUUGAUCGCAAAUUGACCGUGCUGGACUGGCAGCAAAGUGAUCGUUGGAGAUCAAUGAAGGAAACUACAUACUCAUCAUCUGUCUAUUUAGAAGAGAUUUCUUCAAUCAUUUCAAAGAUGCCUAAAGCAGAUUUCUAUGUUCUGGAAAAAAGAGCACUUUCCAUUCAAAACUCAUCUAUGUUUCCUAUACUGUUACAUUUUCAAAUCGUGGAAGCCAUGCUGUAUGCCUUAUUAAAUAAAACUUUUGCCCAGGAUGGGCAGCAUCAGGUGCUGAGCAUGCAUCGAAAUGCAGUGGGGAAGCAUUUUGAACUGAUGAUUGGUGACUUCAGGACUAGUGGAAAAGAACUAGUGAAGCAGUUCCUCUCUGAUUCUGUACUGAAGGCGGAUCCUCGGGUGUUCUUCCCAUCAGAUAAAAUAGUCCACUACAGACAGAUGUUUUUAUCUAGUGAACCACGAAGAGUAGAAGAGCUUUAUGAUUCAUUAUUACAAGCUGUUGCCUUCUAUGAAUUAGCAGUGUUUGACUCUGAGCCUUAGAAUUCUGAGGUUAAUGUGCUAAAGUCAUAUUAAUUUAUACUUAUUAGCUCUAAUGUAAAACCAACUGUUUUGAACAUACAUGUUACUGGAAAAGAACAUAUUUUGAGUGUAUUUUAGAUGUUUAAAUUCUGAUUUUUGGCUACUAAAUGGUCUACACAAUAAGCCAAGACCAAAUCAAUAAACAUUUUAUGAGAUUC